AUUUUAAUUUCCGGACCUUCUUCCUCCUCCACUGGACUGUCAGCCCCUUUCAUCUUCAACCAUUUCCUCUCUCUCUUUCUCUCAUGCGAAGCUGAAAUUUAUUCCUUUGAUUCCUUCCAGAAUCAAAACUCUCCCAUGGCGAAAACCCUAAUUUCAUCUUCACCUUUCGUCGGUUCUUCUCUCCCAUCUCUCUCUCGCCAUGUUCGUCUCCACAAUCUUCCUCACCGGAGACACGUCGCCACCAGAGUCAAUUUCAGCUUCCAUGAACUUCCCCCUAUCCAUACCUUUGAUUCCGCCUUCAAUUUUGAAGCAAUUGUUAGCAGAGCCGAAGGCCUGCUCUAUACACUUGCUGACGCAGCGGUUGCCGUGGAUUCCACUGUUUCAGGUGGCGCGGCGUCGAGUUCCACUGAUACCGCGGUGCAGAAGAAUGGCGGAUGGUUUGGAUUUAUCUCCGAGGCCAUGGAAGUCGUUCUUAAAGUGUUGAAGGAUGGACUAGCGGCUGUGCACGUCCCAUAUUCAUAUGGAUUUGCAAUUAUUUUACUUACAGUUAUUGUUAAAGUUGCUACUUUUCCUCUCACGAAGCAGCAGGUUGAGUCAACAUUGGCUAUGCAAAAUCUUCAACCGAAGAUCAAAGCCAUCCAACAAAGAUAUGCAGGAAAUCAGGAAAGAAUACAACUUGAGACAUCGCGGCUUUAUAGACAAGCAGGAGUUAAUCCUUUGGCAGGUUGUUUCCCAACUUUAGCCACCAUACCUGUCUGGAUUGGUCUAUAUCAGGCCCUUUCUAAUGUGGCAAAUGAGGGAUUACUGACUGAAGGUUUCUUUUGGAUUCCCUCUCUUGGUGGACCAACUACUAUUGCUGCUCGACAAAGUGGAGCUGGAAUCUCUUGGUUGUUUCCUUUUGUGGAUGGCCAUCCACCAUUGGGCUGGUCUGACACUGCAGCAUAUCUUGUAUUACCUGUUCUCCUUGUCAUAUCUCAGUAUGUAUCGAUGGAACUCAUGAAGCCUCCCCAGACUGAUGAUCCAGCACAAAAGAACACACUCCUCAUUUUCAAGUUUCUUCCCCUCAUGAUCGGUUACUUCUCAUUGUCUGUUCCGUCAGGAUUAUCAAUUUACUGGUUCACGAACAAUGUUCUAAGCACGGCUCAGCAAGUAUGGUUACGCAAAUUAGGAGGUGCAAAGCCUGUUGUAAAUGAGAAUGCUGCUGGAAUCAUAACAGCUGGACGUGCCAAACGAACGCCUGAAUCAGAAAGAACGGGUGACAGGUUUAGGCAGUUAAGGGAAGAUGAGAAGAAGAAUAAGUUAAGCAAGGCAGCUCGAUCAGAAGAUAUUCAAACUUUGGCUUCUGAGUCUGACAAUGAGGAUGGGUAUGAUGGGGAGACAACUGAGAAGGGUGAAGACAGUCUAGAAGAGGCAUAUGCAUCAAGUGCAGACAAAGAAGUCCCAGCCUAUAAUCGACAAAAGAGAAGCAAACGAUCAAAGAGGAAACGUGCAGUAUGAAAGAUUAUAUACUGAUAUAUUUGUAGGUAAUUUUGAGCCGUGUAUAUCUCGACAUAUUGCGAAGUAGUUAAAACAUAGUGACCACCACUUUUAUGGCUAAUUCAUUUUUGAAUAUAGUGCAAAUAAAUUCAAUUAGUAUUCCUAUUUUUUUUUUUUUUGGAAAGGGAAUAAUUAGUAUUCCUAUUAGUUAAACAUAAAUUAUCCUGCUACCUUUUGAUAAGUCCAAAGAGGUUGAAUGAAAGCAUUAGAAAUGUGACUUACCC